CUGCUUCCGGAACUCAUAACACUUGUACUAGCCUCUGAUUCGGAUCUGAUACACGACUCGAGAGAUCAUUUGAUAUCGACGGAGUACGCAUUUUAAUAUUAUCAAUGCAACACGAGUUACAAUUGAAAAGUUGUAUUAAUAAAAACGUGUCUCAAUUUACGUCCAUAAACUAUCUGGAUAGUUGGCGCAAUUCAGCUAUUAGUCAUUUUGCUAUUUAAAGUUGAGCAUGUUUCACUUGAUGAAUAUUCAUAAACUAGCGAAAUCAGAAUCAAAUUUGUUUUCUCUUUGUUUUUAAUGACGACAGUCUGAAGCACUGCACUGGUUUCAAAAAUAGUGCCCAAUACGUCAGACUUUCUGCGGUUUGUGAUAUGUAAAUCUAAUUUGCAGCGUAAAAGCCAACCACAGAAUUUGUUAUCUGCACAGAAUAUUUUUCUUAUCACACGAAUUUGAACAAGAAUUUUAUAUCAUCAGCAAAAAGCUUGCUUUUUAAACUAAACCCAGUCUCAGCACUCAGUCAAGUUCAAAUUGCAGAAUAAAUCAGUCAUUCGAGAUCACAAUUUAUAGCACAAUUAAGACCACAUCCAGAAAAAAAUGAAGAUAUAUCAAAUAAUAACAUUAUUUGCCAUUUUAUCCCGAUUUGGUGAUAGUGAUGCGAAUAAAUUUAAUAUAAGUUAUUCACAGUUAGACACUUGUAAGGAAUAUUUUAUUGAAUCUGGAGAUCACAAAUACAAGGAUUACUUUCAAAUCAGCUCCAUGAAUAACCCUAAGCUAGAAGAUAAUCAACGAUUACAUUUGAAAUUCUUCGUAAUGACUCGAAUGGAUGCACACAUAUUGCUAUCGGAAUUUGAAAAUCAAACAUGUUCGGAUCCUGUUUAUGAAAUUGCUCUUGGUUGUUAUGGGAAUACUCGGUCUGACAUACGUUUACAAAAUCAUAAUGCAGUAACUCACGUAAUGACCCCCAACAUCUCAUCGACUUUUGAUCCAAUGCCAAUUGAAAUCAUUCAAAAAAAUGAUGGCCAGUUGGUUGUAAAUAUUCCCGGUUUUGCGGAACCUAUUUUGAACUAUACAAAUAAAAAUCCUUUGAACAUUCGUUUUGUUAGCUUUUCUUCUUGGGGAGGACUUUCAGCUAAAUGGUUCUACGAUUGCAAGUUGGACGAAUUAACAAACUCGAAGAAAUCUCAGCUUAACCAGAGCACAGAAAAAAACGAAUUCAAGAAGCUUACGACCCAAGAAAAUCCUGUUGACAGCCCUAACAAAUCCACGAGGUCUCCGGACCCAGAAAACCUUAUUGUAAAAGACAUUGACGGAACAGAUUUGAAAAAUAAAGCCGACAGAGAAGGGAAGCAGUGUGAAAACUUAUUAAGACAAGCAACAACCGUUCAUCACUACGUACUGGGAACUAUUUUGCUAGUUGCCUUAAUUGCAGUCGGACUUGGUAUGGCUAUAUACUAUAAACAUGGGGCUGGAUUUUCACAUGUAGAAUAAAGAAAGCAGUACUGCCGAUAAACUAAAAACAUUUAUUAUUAUUGUUAGUAAAUACUAUAUAGAGUAGAGUUGGGCACUUUAGUUCAUUUGAGUGGUCGAUCACUUUAGUUCAAAUUACGCUACUGAACUAGUUCUGAACUAGUUCAUUUAAGUUCAAUUUAUUUUAAUCACUCCGGUUUUGUAAGAAUUAAAAAACAAAAUUAAUGUGUACAAACUGUAUCCAAAUUUAUGUAAAAUCGACGCAUUCUACAUAAUAAAACAAAUACAACCUAAAAAUAACAGAUUUGUCAGCUAAUUUCGUUCAUACUUGUCGAGCUUUCUGGUUCCUGACGAAAGUCUAGAAGAAGUACGUAUUGCUUUCAUUAAAUCGAAAUCAUUAAAUAAUGAAAGCACCAAGAUGCUACUUGUUUUUUGUUCUUGCUCAGAAAUAAGAGUAAGUGGUGCUUGAAGAAAAAACACUGAUACUGGCACAAGCGACCUUUUGUUUUACAUCUAAAUCUUGAGGUAGAGCAGAAGAACUGAUUUCGCUCAACAAAGAAUUGGAUGCAAUUUCAUAUGCACUUUGGUUUCUGCACCCCUUCUUUAAACGUCUGUCGGGUUAAAAGGGCGUUGUCGUCGUAUAAGACAAGGAGAC